AUGAGGUGCAUAGCCCAUGUGUUGAACUUAGUGGUCCAGGAUGGGUUGAGAUAUGCAGGUCCUUCUGUUAAGAAAGUUAGAGAUGUUGUGAGAUGGGUGAGGAGUUCUCCUGCCAGACUUAAGAAGUUUAGAGAGAUUGCUGUGCUUAAUGGGGUGGAAGCCAAAUGUGCAUUACAACUUGAUGUUCCAACAAGAUGGAACAGCACAUACAUGAUGCUUAACACUGCCCUUCAAUACCAGAGGGCCUUUGAAGCUUAUGAGAAUGAUGCCUCAUUGAAUGCUGACUUACCUGAUUCUAUUCCAAACUUUAUGGAUUGGCUUUCUGUGCAAAGCUUAGUCCAUUUCCUGAAAGGCUUCUAUGAGAUGACUGUGAGAAUAUCUGGUUCUCUAUAUGUCACUUCAAAUACUUUCUUUUCUGAGAUUUCUGACUUAGGUUGCAUGCUGGAUGACAUGGUUAACUCUGUUUCAACCUCUGAAAAGGAUAUGGGGUCCCAUAUGAAACAAAAAUUUGAAAAAUAUUGGGGAGAUCCUGAAAAAAUGAACUUCUUGAUAUUCUAUGCCAAUAUUCUGGAUCCUAGGGAUAAGAUUGAGUACAUGCCUGCCCAAUUUGCUCAGUUGUAUGGUGAUGAAAAAGGAAAAUCAUGCUUUGAAAAGGUUCAAUCUUCUAUGGUUGUCCUGUUUAAUGAUUAUACAGCCACCUACAGUGUGCAGUCUGCAUCCCCUACUGUGCAAUCUACCCAAUCUGAACCAGUCCAUUCUCAAACUUCAGUUGGAAAACCUCAGGGUAGAAUGAAAAGCCAGCUUAAAAAACAGAGAAUGGAGGCUGGUAAAAGCAGUAAAGAAACUGAACUCCAGAUUUAUCUAAGUGAAAAAAUAGUGGAAGAUGAAGAAAAUGUGGACUUUGAUGUUCUAAGAUGGUGGAAGGUUAACAGUGAUAGAUUUCCUAUACUCUCUAGAAUGGCAAGGGAUGUGCUGGCUGUUCCCAUUUCAACUGUUGCCUCUGAGAGUGCAUUCAGUACUAGUGGUAGGGUAUUAGAUCCCUUUAGGAGUUCAUUAACUCCUAAAAUUGUUGAAUCCCUAGUAUGUGCACAAGAUUGGUUGAGGGCACCCAAUCAUCCAAUCUCUGUGGAGGAAAACUUGGAUGAUGUUGAAAGAUUAGAGAAGGAAUUGUCCACUGGAGCUGCUGGUUCUUUACCAAGUACUGUUGGAACACUCCCAACAAUUGCUGAAGAUGAGGAAUGGAUGAAUGCUGAUUGCUGA